AUGAAGACUGCCAUCCUUGCCUCCCUUGUCGCCACAGCCGCUGCCUUUGCUCCUGCCAAGCAAGCUGCCCAAACUAGUAGCUCUCUUUCUGCGUUCCAAAACGAGAUUGGUGCCCAAAUGCCUCUUGGAUUCUUUGAUCCUCUUGGCCUCGUUCAAGAUGGAGACAAGGCUAACUUUGACAGAUUGCGUGAAGUUGAGGUUCGUCACGGACGAUGCGCCAUGCUUGCCGUCGUUGGUUGGUUGACCACUGCCGCCGGUGUCCGCCUUCCAGGUAUGGAGGAAGUCGGUGCUGGCUUCAAGGCCCUAGACAUGAGCGGCCUUUCCACUGAAGUCAAGGGAACUCUUCCUUUGACUUUGGGAACUGUCUUCCUUUUGACAGUUGCCAUGAACGACCAAGACGGAACCUCUGAAUUUCCAGGUGACUACCGCAACGGAUUUGUCGACUUUGGAUGGGACAAGCAGUCCGAUUCUUGGAAGGAAAGAAAGCGUGCCAUUGAAUUGAACAAUGGACGUGCCGCGCAAAUGGGAAUCUUGGGCAUCAUGGUUCACGAGCAACUCGGAAACUUGGCCUCAAUUGGCCUUCCCCAACCUUAA